AUGGCAUCGCCAGCGGCGAAGCGCACCCGCGACCCGUCCGCGCCGGCGUUCCCCACGAACAAGGAAGCCCCCGACCUGCCCUCCAAGACCCGCAUCUUCUGCGAUAUCCUGGCCUCCCGCGCCGACGACGACGUGGACGCCGCGCUCGACAAGGCCGACAUCCGCGGCGUAACCACCGCUGACGUCGAGCAGGUGCUCCGCUUAUCCUACGCGCACCCGUGCGCCGCCACCGCCUUCUUUCACUGGGCGGGGAACCGGCACCUCGGCCACGAGCACCACUCCCCCUACUCGUGGAACCUCGUCGUCGACAUCCUCGGCACAAACCGCCUCUUCGCGCGCAUGUGGGACACCGUCGACUCCAUGCACUCGCGGCGGCUGCUCUCGCUCGACACUUUCGCCUCCGUAUUCUCCUCCCUGGCGGCGAGCCCCGGCUGUUCCCCGCUCAAGGCGUUCAUGGACGACACGCCGGCGCUCAACUCGCUCCUCUCCGCGCUCUGUCGUGCCGACCGCCUGGACGACGCCCGCGCCGCCAUCCUGGUAGCCCGCGCCGAGGCCGGCACGCGUCCGGACGCCGACUCCUACGCCAUCCUCCUCGAGGGCUGCGAGGCUGCCGCCGACCCGCGGGCCGCGCGCGUCGUGUUCGACGAAAUGGGCAGUCUUGGGCAUGCUGAGGUGAUAGUGGAUUAUCUCGACGACAUGAUCUUUGAUGGAGUGUUCCCUGAUUCCAACACAUACAAUGUGGUCCUCCAGCUUUUGCUGGAGGGAAGGGAGCUCCGUAAGGCAGCGGCAAUAUUUAGCGAGAUGGUUAAGAACGAAUGUUGGCCAAACGAGGGAAAUUGUGCACGUGCACUUCGCUUGUUUUUGGAUGCACGCUAUUGGGAGACUGGGAUCAAAGUCUGGAGCUGCGUGGUGGAGAAUGGCUUGCCACCUUUAGAGGAGUGUGGGAACAUGCUUGUAUCAAAGCUGAAGGAUGUCAGGCUACCUGAGGCAUGCAAUGAUGCAAGUAUGCAGAAGACAUGGUUGAUCGUGGUAUCAAGUUGA